CUCCUAUUCCUCCUCCUCCUCCUCCUCCUCCUUCCCGCCAGCCAUGAUCCGUGGCGGGAUAAUUCCCAGACGGUCUUCUUCUUCCUCCUCUUCCUCCUCUUCCUCUCAUCACCCUCUUCCUCCUCUUCCUCUUCCUCUUCCUCCUCCUCCUCCUCCUCCUCGCAGGACCGUCAAUUUGUCACAGCAGCAAGUUCCUCCCGUUGCCCAUGCUUGAAUGGAUCGGAUGUAGAGAGUAAAAUCUGCCCACGCACUCGACUGCCUGGAAACUGUGUUUGUAUGUGAGGUCAUGUCGGGCAUGACAAGCGGCGUGUGCGUGGAGAGUGACCUCUCCUCGAUGCUCCAGAGAAGCUCCACCCCCUCGCACCAUCACCCAAAUCACCACGCUUAUGGCGGGCAGGGCCAGGUGUCGAGUUUGGCUCCGAUUCUGGACUACACCACAGAGAUGGACCGUUACCGCUCAUCCAUCGCCAGCUUCUACAAGACCAACGUCAACAUGAAUGUGACAAACUUCCCUCAGUCAGCAAAACUGGCGGCCCGUUUGGCUGCUGCCACUCCCAUCUUCCCUCCCACUUCUGCCAGGCUGGGCGCCAUAGCGUCGGGACCCUGGGGUUGUCACGACAACAUGAACAUGAACAUGAACCACCCAGCCGCCAUGUUCUGGGGUCGACCCAAACCUGUGGCUGCUGCGCCGGCGCAUCAUCAACACCACCAUCCCUCGGCAACGCCGGGUCACAUGACCCCCUCACACCCCCACAGUACCAGCAUGCACCAGGGUGGCGGGGCAUCAGGAGCAGGAGGACUUGGGGGGAGCAGUGAGGGGGGAGGAGCUGAGAAACACGGACAUACGGCCUCACUUCCUGUUACACAGGCGACGGCACACCAUCACCCUAUGGCGCCGAGCAACGGGAACUUCCUGGCGGGUUACGGUGGUGGUGCGGACUGUGGGGUUAUGAACAAGCAGGGACACACCCACACAGACAUAAUGGGCCUAUCGGAUGGAGGCAACUGCAAUGGGGGAGGGGUGAUGGGUAGUAGCUUCCUGGGGGGGCUGGGAUUACCCCCCGGGGUUAUUGUCAUGGCGAUGGGGUCUGCCGGUGGCGGGAUCUCCGAGGCUAGCAGCGCAUUUCAGAUGACAGGGGGCCAGCGGGCGCUAACGGACUGUCAGCAACAUGCCAGCUCCUCGCCCCGCCCUGCCUCUUCUUCGCCAUCGUCGUCAGGGGUGGCAGGGGGAGCCGUUUCCUUAUCUUCAUCGUCUUCUUCGUCAUCCGGGACGGCGGCCAAGCGGAAGAGGAAGCGGUGCGGUGUGUGUGGACCAUGCCGCCGCCUCAUCAACUGUGGAGUCUGCUCAUCGUGUCGCAACAGAAAAACCGGUCACCAGAUCUGCAAGUUCAGGAAGUGUGAGGAGCUGAAGAAGAAACCGGGGGGAGGAGGGGGAGGGCUGGAGCGACCGCCCUCCGUCCCGACCGCUGAGGCAUUUCGUUGGUUUUUCUAGCCUUCCCUCUACUAACAGAGUCUCCGUCACAUCCAGACAAAAAAUCAAGGCUUGGACAAAAUCUGGAUCGGAACCAGAUUCCAGUUUUACACUGUGUGGAUGGCAGUUUUAGAUCCCACCUCAGCUGGAAGAGGAAGAGGAGGCAGUUUGGCCACAGUUUGUUGUGUUGAUGCCACAACUGCAUGUUUCACAGGAAAAAUUCAUUGCCCAGUUUUGCAUAGAUGCAAACAGGAUGUUCACAAGGAAGCUAACUGGAUAAAAUAUCUGUGUUCUUGUUAGUGAUUCAGAAGGUAAGCUGUCAGCUGAACUUCUUUGUUUGGUGAUUCACAUCCAUGCACAAAAAGAACAGAAGUGGAGAACAACGCCAGCUAAAAUGUUUGUACAUGAACAGAUGUGACUGGUCUGAGACACUCAGACGUCCUCUCUUCUCCAGUUCCAGUUGUCAUUGCUUCAGAUGUCAUCACCAAACAUCUCCAACUAGUGUUUUAAUGCCGUAUCUUUAAAUAAUGACAAUGCUGUUACACGUCUCUGUGAAUCUUUGACUGAAGAUCUAAGCAUUGAAUUGUUCCUCCACCGUCGGCGUAUUUGGUUUUAGAUCACGUCAUGUUUUUAGGUGCUUGGUUCCAUAGUUCAGACGGCUGGUUCAGCGCUUUCUUUCACCAGCAGACGUCAGAUCUGGUAGGUCUGAUGUUUGGUCAUGUGACAUGGACGUCACAUUUACCUCAUGUAGCUUAUGUAGCCUUGGUAGGUCCACGACUGACCAACCUUCAUCGGCUGUAACGGUGAAACUGCCUCCUCGUUCCGCUUCCUCUGAACAAACAUCACUGUAGCCAAACCAGGACGAUUCAGUUUGACCAAAACCGGACGACAAGUUAACCUCAACGGAAAACCUUCACCGCCGAGGGAGACCGAGCGGACCUCAGCAGGAAGUGAUCCAGGAGUGUUCUUAAGGAGCACAGCUUCACUGCUGCAGGACUACAACUACCACAUCACUGUUAUCUGUCUCUUCUGUCUACCUCCUCCUCAAGAACUUUUCAAGGCACCUUGAUUGAUUUUUACUGAGCUGUGUUCAUGCUGAUAUGACGCAUCUGCUUCUGAACUCACUGCGAGGUCCAGACCUGGUGUUUUUACUUCAGUCUGCUGUCUGAGUCUGAGUAUUGAAGUCUAUUAGAAAGUUCUCAGGGCACAGUCUCACUUCCAGCCGGUUUUAUAUCAACCAAAUGAAAUAAUUCUCGUCUUUUUGAUAAAAGGAACCCGUGGAAGGUUUGUAAGUUCUGUUCCCAUCGGCCCCUCCACUCCCAAACAUUCAGAUAACGCUGGACCUGGGAGAGAGUUGAGAACCAGAUGUUCUUGUAUCAGAACCAGAAUCCAAGCGUGGGAACUCGCAGGGAACCUUUGGAUCCUCUGAUGUUCUGAGCUGAACCUUGGAGAGAAAAGGAACCGAAAGAGAUCCGAUCAGAACAUUCCAGCUUAAAAAUGUGUCAUUUCCAACACGCCUGUGGGUCGUGGGUCGACAUCAAGUAAUUCACAUUCGACGCCAAGAACUCCAAACAGUCAUUAGGUUUCACUUUAGUCCCGUCCCAUUUUUUUCUUCUGGUGACAGUGUAAUUGUCCAGUGGACUAAAAGAGUCACCUGACAGGUAAUAACCUCUGAUUCCCUCUAGCGCCGCCAACAGGUCAAAGCUGAACCCAAACACUCCCACUCCCCUGCAGGCGUGUUGGAAAUAUUUCCUGAUUUAAAUCUGUGUUUUAUAGUUUGAAUAUCAUGAGGGUUUGCGUUGGCCCCGCCUCUCUCUGCAGGAACUGAAAACCAAGCGCCCCCCUUUCCUUCCCCGUCUUGUGCUGGACUGGGUGAUGGGGGAGGAAGGGUGCGUUUGUUUCACGAGCGUCUGUCCCGCUCCUCGUGUGUUCCGUCUGUGACCUCCUCAUGUACUGAAUUAUAAUAAAGAAUUUCAGAGACGA